AUGGUUGUUAUGAUAGAUUGGGAUUCAGAACACGAAGGUAACACAUACCCAUUUUUUGGUUUACGCGAGCCUUUCUCUGGUCUUAAUGAGAUGGAUUUUGAGCUUCAUGGCAUCUACAUGGAUCAUGAACCAGACGAAGAGUUCAUUACUCCACUGAACAAGUGUAAGGAUGCAUUUCUUAAUGUGUUACUAACUGAUGAAAAUAUUAGAAACUCUAGUUUGACUAAUGAUGUAAGAGCACAAGUGUAUCAUCGUGGUGACUUGCAAAGUGAUCAAGAGGAAGAAGAGCAAGAACAGGUGAUAAAUAAGUACAGAUUACAUGAUCCAAAAAUAAGAUGGGAUAAAAUAGAACCAAAACUUGGUGACAUUUUUGAGAUUGUUACACAACUGAAGUUUUGUAUCCAAAACAACAUAGUCCACAAUGGGUAUCAACUACUAUAUGUCUCAUGGAUGUUCAAUGAAAGAUCUAUUCAAAUCAAGACUUUAGAAGCUACUCAUAUUUGUGGUAGGAAGUUCAAACUUGGCUCUAUGGUUACUCCUGAAUGGAUAGGUAGACACUACAUAACUAAAAUUGGAAAUAAACCUAAGGUGAAGCUUAAAGAGAUGAUUACUAAGAUCAGACAAAGCUUUAGGUGUGUUGUGUCUAUAGGCCAAUGUCGUAGGGAAAAGCAUUGGGCCAAGGAGCUAAUUGAAGGUAAAUUGACUGAACAUUAUGCCAGAAUAUGGGAUUAUGCACAAGACUUGUUAAGAUCCAAUCCAGGCUGGAAAAGAGGGUGUAGAUGGGUUAUUAGUUUGGAUGGGUGCUUUUUGAAGGGAGCAGUAAAGGGUGAGUUGUUGACAACCAUAGGUAGAGAUGCAAAUAAUCAGGUCUACCCAAUUGCUUGGGUUGUUGUCGAUGUUGAGAAUAAGGCUAACUGGACAUGGUUCCUUGAGCUUCUAAGGGCUGAUUUAGAUCUUGAUAGUGGAUGA